UUAUUAGCAAUAAAGAAUAAUAAUGUGUCCAAAAUUCCAUCAUACGAUCCCACUCAAUUCAGUACUUUGAUAAAAGUAGUUAGAAACUAUUAUAGGAAAGGAAAUUACGUAACUACAUUGAAUGUUAGCCUGCAGGACAUGAUAAAUGCUGAUGUACAUGGUAGGUGGUGGUCUGUUGGAUCGGCUUGGUCUGGAAGUGGUAAAAACAAUACUCAGAACUCCGAUAAUACCAGUAGUAGUAAUAAUGCCUAUAGUGAAAAGUUACUUGAACUAGCUAGAAAACAAGGGAUGAAUACUGAAAUUAGAAAAAAUAUAUUUUGUGCCAUAAUGAGCGGCGAGGAUUAUUUAAAUGCAUUUGAAAAAGUAUUACAUUUAGGAUUGAAAGGUUCUCAAGAACAGGAACUAGUUCAUGUUCUUCUAAGUUGCUGUUUGCAAGAAAAGAAAUACAAUCCUUACUAUUCUUUAUUGGCACAAAAAUUUUGUGAUUUAGAUAGGAAAUACCGAAUAUCAUUUCAAUACAGUUUAUGGGAUAAAAUUAGAGAUCUUAGCACAUUAACAAACGAUCAAAUAAGUCACUUAGGAAAAUUUAUGAUACAUUUGCUGAUUGAAAAUGGACUCUCCUUGUGUGUUCUUAAGAUAAUAGAUUUUAGUGAACUGCAAGCAAGAGAGUUAAGACUGAUACGACAAAUAUUAUUUGGAAUUUUAUUGAAUCCAUCAGAAGCUAUUAUUAAACACAUAUUUGAAAGGAUUCUUAAAUCACCUAAGCUGAAAAUGUUUCGAGAAAGUUUGCGAUUAUUUCUACAUCAUUUUUUGGUAGCAGAUAAGACAUCUGGACGAUUAGAUGAAAAAUCUAAAGAAUUAUUAAAGCAGAGAGCAAAAAUGGUAGAUCAGAUACUAAUCACAGGAGAAUCUAGACUAGCAUUUUGA